GCCUCGGCAGGUAAAUCGUAGCUGCCUUGUCAACAUCUUUGGGCAUCUGCAGCACCGGAGGCCCUGGGGCAGAUUUAGUCAAGAAACGUGAAGUUGCUGGAUUUACUUUCACCUGCUUAUUGGGGAGCACAGAGUCCGUGGUGAAGAGCUCGCCAGUGCUGUACUUCCCGUCACUCUCCAGAAGUCACAGCAACAGCAGGAGCUGUAAGAACAUCCUUACGAGCUUCGCCAGUAACUUCAAUCUGGAGGGAGACAGAUGUGUCUGCUUAAUAGCCAGCAGGCAGGAAGCUAUGUGAAAGAAUCUUCUGAUGUCAUAAUUUCUAGGUGUCACUGGAACAUUUGAUCAUCAUUCCUUUGGCAAGUCUAUCCUUCUAUGGAAAGUCAGUAGAAGCAAUUGAUUUAUUCACCUCUACAGGAAUCAGACUUGGCCUAUUUUGGAUUUCAGUGAAUUAUGCCUUUUCGGUUUGGGACCCAGCCAAGGAGGUUUCCGGUGGAAGGAGGAGAUUCUUCAAAUGGGCUGGAAUCAGGCCUGAGCCCCAGUGCUGCCUGUAAUGGGAAAGAGACGUCACCCAAUAGGCAACUCCGAAGAUGCCCUGGAAGUCAUUGCCUGACAAUAACUGAUGUUCCCAUCACUGUCUAUGCAACAAUGAGAAAGCCACCCGUGCCAAGCAGCAAGGAAAUGCAUCCCAAAUAGCAGCAUUAAGUCUUCUGUCGAGGGUUGACUAGGGUCAAGGGUAAUGGGCCGGUAUCAUCCUGUGGUCUGUCUCGUAAACAAAUAAAGGUGGUGGCACUACUUGAGUGA